AUGGAAAACAACAGCGGGACCGAGAAGUCGCACUUGAUCCACGAGAAAACCGCCAAGAUGUACUCGUUAAAACUACAGAGCUCCUUCCCGGACUCCAAGCAGGAGGUGUCAGACUUCUCCUUCUCUAACGGUCUGGAGCUGCGUCCUGUGCGCUCCCACUGUCACAGACACGUCCCGCGGAGUGCAGACGCCGCCGACAAGAUCCAGGCCAGAAACAAACUGAUGAUCGCAUCUGCUGUGUGCCUGGUGUUCAUGAUCGGAGAGGUCAUAGGAGGUUACCUGGCCCACAGCUUGGCCAUCAUGACAGAUGCGGCCCACCUCCUCACAGACCUGGGGAGUAUGAUGGUGUCUCUGUUCUCUCUGUGGCUCUCCUCCAGACCUCCCUCCAAGACCCUGACCUGGGGCUGGCACCGAUCAGGUGCUGGGAGCCCUCCUCUCGGUCGUGUCCAUUUGGGCGGUGACCGUGCUGCGCUGCUGUAUCUCGCUGUCGAGAGAAUUGUUCAAAACGACUACCACAUCAACGGCAACGUCAUGUUAGUGACAUCACUCUGCGCCGUGAUGGUCAACAUAAUAAUGGCUUACAUCCUACACCACUCGACCUCGUUCCACGCUCAUGGUUCCGGUUAUCACCAGAUUGAGGAGGACAGCCAGAGCCCCGCCCCCUCCCACACAGGCCACGCCCCCACCCACACAGGCCACGCCCCAUCGCACACGGGCCACGCCCACUCUCACACAGGUCACGCCCACUCUCUGCUGUCGCCGCACGGCAACACGAGCGUACGGGCCGCCUUCAUCCACGUGUUAGGAGAUCUGCUGCAGAGCGUGGGUGUGCUCGUGGCAGCUCUAAUCAUCUACCUCAGGCCCGAGUACAAAGUGGCGGAUCCCAUCUGCACCUUCCUGUUCUCAGCCUUCGUCCUGUGCACCACCAUCACCAUCCUCAGAGACGUGAUCCGGAUCCUCAUGGAAGGUUGUCCCAAAGAGAUCCAGUUCCGAUCAGUGAAGGAGGUUCUUCUAUCGGUGACUGCGGUGAAGUCUGUCCACAGUCUGAACCUGUGGAGUCUGAGCGCAGGACACAGUCUGGUGUCAGUCCAUCUGGCCAUCGACCCAGGUGCAGACUCGGAUUCAGUCUUGGUGGAGGCCACAGAUCUGCUCCACGACAAGUUCGGCUUCAGCAGCUCCACUGUUCAAGUGGAGAAGUUCACCAGCGACAUGCAACAGUGCACGGACUGUCAGGACCCACUGGACUAG